AUGGAGCUGCGAGUCUUCCUCCUGCUGCUGCUGCUCUGCUUCCCAGGUCUCCAAGCCCAAACACCUGGGGAGGUGAGCAAACGCGAAGGAAGCAACCUCUCUGUCCUGUGUCCUUACCUAGCAGAGGAUGAGUACUGGGAAUUGAAAUCCUGGUGCCGCUGGACAGGUCAAGGAUUUCAGCGUCAAGUGGCAAUAAUCAGCACAAUAACGUACCAGUACACAGACCGGGCCAGACAGGGGCAUGUUACCAUACAGGAUGACCCCAUACACAGGAAUUUUUCCAUCACCAUGACUGACCUCCAGGUAGAGGAUUCAGGCACAUAUUACUGUGCUUACAGUCACAGCAAUGUUCCACUGAAGAGGAUCUCGCUGAAUGUUUUCAAGGAGUUUCACAAGUGGGAGUUGGACAGUCUCUCUGUGCAGUGCCCGUACCGUGGCCAGGUUCACCUCCAUGGAAGAAAAGCCUGGUGCCGAUAUGUUGAUCAGACUGGCAGGUGUGAACUCGUGGUGAGCACAGAUACCACUUACACAUGGAGUAUCAACAAAGCCCAGAAAGACAGAGCCUCGAUCCAGGAUGACACCCAGAAAAGGACCAUCACCAUCACCAUGGAGAAGCUGCAGGCACAGGACUCCGGCGUGUACUGGUGUGCGCUCUACGCGCCCUACGGAAGCAUUCGUUACACCCGGCUAAUGGAGGUCCGGCUCUCUGUGGACAAGCGUCUCCAAGCCCAAACACCUGGGGAGGUGAGCAAACGCGAAGGAAGCAACCUCUCUGUCCUGUGUCCUUACCUAGCAGAGGAUGAGUACUGGGAAUUGAAAUCCUGGUGCCGCUGGACAGGUCAAGGAUUUCAGCGUCAAGUGGCAAUAAUCAGCACAAUAACGUACCAGUACACAGACCGGGCCAGACAGGGGCAUGUUACCAUACAGGAUGACCCCAUACACAGGAAUUUUUCCAUCACCAUGACUGACCUCCAGGUAGAGGAUUCAGGCACAUAUUACUGUGCUUACAGUCACAGCAAUGUUCCACUGAAGAGGAUCUCGCUGAAUGUUUUCAAGGAGUUUCACAAGUGGGAGUUGGACAGUCUCUCUGUGCAGUGCCCGUACCGUGGCCAGGUUCACCUCCAUGGAAGAAAAGCCUGGUGCCGAUAUGUUGAUCAGACUGGCAGGUGUGAACUCGUGGUGAGCACAGAUACCACUUACACAUGGAGUAUCAACAAAGCCCAGAAAGACAGAGCCUCGAUCCAGGAUGACACCCAGAAAAGGACCAUCACCAUCACCAUGGAGAAGCUGCAGGCACAGGACUCCGGCGUGUACUGGUGUGCGCUCUACGCGCCCUACGGAAGCGUUCGUUACACCCGGCUAAUGGAGGUCCGGCUCUCUGUGGACAAGCGACCAGCUGCAACAACGUUGUCAGUUACUACAGGCACGAGUCAAACUAACCCUCCUGGCAACAGCACGCAACCACUCCCAGAUGUAAACACGUACAUCAUAAUCUCUGUGGUCCUGUACCUCCUACUCCUCCUGGUAGUUAUCAUCUUGAUAACAUCGUGCAUCAGGCACCACAAAAAGGUGAAGAGAAGAGGUAACAGGCAAGCAGAGGACACCUGUGACAAACCAGGGGACACAACGCAGCUUGAGAGCACUGAAAGAAUGGGAAGUCCCAAGGAUGACAACAAAGACCUAAAAUAUGUUACCCUGGACUUUAAAUCCCAACGCAGCCCUGAGGAACCUCUCUACUGUAAUGUUGAACCGGAUCAGGCUCACAAGAACCUCAAAGAUGAAAAUGUGGAAUAUGCUAUCAUUGCACGUGAUUAA